GCCGUAUUCGGCAACAAAGGCGUGGUGAUUAAUUUUCUCACUGCGCAUGAUAUGAAGCUGAUGAAGGACAUUGAGAGGUUCUGCCACAUCCGUGUUGACGAGAUGCCGGAGCUCUCUUCUUUUAAUGGAAACGCUGGGUACACCAACUCCAGCCUAGGCGGCGGCUGA